GAGGAGGAGGAGGUGCAUUACGAGUCCUUGGGGCCUCAGCGGUCUGGCGGCGGGCCCUGCACAAAGGCGCCGUCUGUCCUUUUCCAGCUCUUGCUGUUGCCAGCAUUCGAGCGCUGCUCGUGCAGCCAGUCGUCUCCGCUGCGCCCCCUCGCUACAGGAGGUGAUGGAUGCUGCGACCAGGCCAGGCAUAGCCUCUGGGCUGCCAGCGUGCCCUCGGGGUUGCCAGUCAUCUGCUGCAUGAGCUGUGGGGCCGUUGCGUCGCAGAAGGCUCGUAGGUUCAAAGAACUCUGCAUGCUCUCCCGAUUUCAAGAAUCGGGAUCUCAGGAAGCUCAAGCGGAGAGAGUUGCCAGGAGGAGGGAAGUUCGAGCUCUCGGUCCCCUGGCCCCUCCACCCCGAGCGUCCGAGUUCGUUUUCCUACCCCUCCUCCCAGAUCGUUUCGCGCCCAGCCAACCGGCAAGCGCGCCCUGGGGGGACGGUAGGAUAGGAUUUUUGUUCAGUGUUUCUAUUUUGUCCGAGGGGGUCUGGCCACGGGCCGCUCCCCUCCCGCGGCAUCGAAGGCAUCGAAGCGAAGGGAUGGAUGUCUAUGGUCCAGACGCAUGCUUC